AUGAUCCUGGAGAGAACUAUCUGGAUCUGCAUCACCUUCUGUACUGCAUCUGUUAGACCCCUGGCAGGGAAUAGCUGGAAGCAGGCAGCUGCCAGUCCCAUCAUCCAGCAUAAGCCAUUUGUUGUGGUGUGGAAUUUACCCACAACUAGAUGUCAAGAGCAUUUUGGGAUCAGAUUACCUUUGGACAUCUAUGGCAUUGUGGAGAACAAAGGCAAUGUGUUCCACGGACAGAAUAUGACUAUUUUUUACAAAAACAAAUUUGGACUGUAUCCUUAUAUAUCUCCACAAGGUGACUGGCAUAACGGGGGUAUCCCUCAGAAGGUUAAUCUGAAGAGACAUCUAGAGAAGGCCACUAAGGAAAUCACAGAACUCUUGAACAAUGACUUCCAAGGUCUGGCAGUAGUAGACUGGGAGGAGUGGCGACCUCUCUGGAGACGAAACUGGAUGCCCAAAAUGGUUUAUAAGGAGGCCUCUAAACAAUGGGUGAGGAAAAGAUUUCCUGGACUCUCUCCUGAGGAGCAAACCUACUUGGCUAAGGCAGAGUUUGAAAAGGCUGCACGGUUGCUGAUGGAGACUACUCUAGCUCUGGGAAAGAAGCUGAGGCCACAUGGUUUCUGGGGCUUCUACAGGUUUCCCGAUUGCUUUAAUGACAAAUGGGGGAAAGAGGUAAACUAUACAGGCCAUUGUAAUCCCAAGGAGGUCCAAUGGAAUGAUCAGCUCAUGUGGUUGUGGAAGAUCUCCUCAGCCCUCUAUCCCAGUAUCUACCUCCCACUGAAAGUACCAGCUUUGUACCGCCAGCAUUAUGUACAUCACCGUCUCAGAGAGGCAUCCCGUGUAGCACAGUUUGGCAAAGAGCAUCCCCUUCCUGUGUUACCAUACUCCAGAGUUUCCUACAAGCAUUCUUCAAGGUAUCUAACUGAGGCUGACCUGAUAAAUACUAUUGGAGAAAGUGCAGCACUUGGCUCUGCUGGGGUUGUGCUCUGGGGCGACCUAUCCUAUUCCAGCUCACUUGCGAGAUGCAAGAGCCUUCACCAUUAUAUCACCACCACACUGGGACCUUACGUUGCUAAUGUGACUACAGCAGCACACAGAUGUAGUCGCCAGCUAUGUCAUGGGAAUGGACGUUGUGUGAGAUACUACCUGAAUGAAUUAGGAGCCUUUCUUCAUCUGGAUCAUCAUCUAUGGGAAGGGGACCUUGGGAUGACAGAUUUUCAAGACCAAAAUGUGUCAGCGCAGGAUCAUUUUCAGUGUCAUUGCUAUCCAAAGUGGGCUGGCACCCACUGUGAGAGACCACAGAUGAUCGAGCCUUUUAAGAAACCAAAACAUAACCAAGCUCCACGGUAUAACAAUGUAUAUGAUGCAGUGCAUGAUGGUGACUUUGAAUUGGGGUCCAAUAUCUGUCCUACCUCUAUUUAUGGUAAAGAAACAGAAAGAUAA